AUUACAAAGACCAUCAACACCGAGGCUCCAUCGAAAUCGAUGGAAGCACCAUCAUAGACGUUGGUAUAAAUAGCCCGGAAAAGAUGCAGUCUGUGCAGAAGAUGUUCAAAUGCCACCCGGAUGAAGUGAUGUCCAUCAGAACCGCAAACAGGGACUACUUCCUCAUUGGCCAUGACAGGGAGACGAUCAAAGACUGGGUCUCCUUCAUGUCACCGUAUUGCCAGGGUGCGCACGCAGCUCAUCAGAAUACAGAGGAGAAGCCUCCGCUGGGUGACAGAAGACCAGUUUCCGACCCCAGUCCUUUCUUUGGUCUCUAUAGUGCUCCAGAGAAUGUCGGCCUCGCAUUGCCAAGGGCCAGUCUUCCAGACAUGCAUUUAAUACAAAAUAGUCUCCAAGAACUCAGGCAAGAUCAUAAUCAUCAUUAUGAAGACCAUUUAUACUCAGAACCCCCUCAAGACACAGAAGAAGAGAAUUACUAUCAGACUCCCCGAAGCAUCCUUUCAGAAUUGAAGAAUAUUGCUGACUCCAGCGAUUCUGAUGACUCCACUGAAUCCAGUAGUCCAGACCAAGUUUUCAAGAAAUCUGAGAGCAAUUACAUGUCAAUGAGAUCCUGCUUCUUCAAACAAUCGACCCCUGCAUCUGCUGAUGGCCAAGCUGAAACCCAGAGCUCUCCGGAGACUCCGGAGCAGGCAACUUCUCUGCAAGAACUUGGCACAGGGAGUCAUCUGUAUCUUUCACUUGCUGACCUGGAAGCACAGACCGCAGAAGACAAAACGGGGUCCGCCUCCCUAACUGUUGUGAAAUUGUCUAUAUUACUCAACAAUGUCCCCGACGAGAGCCAAGUGGAGACUCUGAAUGUGUUCCUCACUCCUCGAGAUGCCAUCGACUAUCUUGCUCUUGUAGAAGCGGCGGGACGGAUAUGUGUGGCUCAGUGGGAAGGCCCUCCCCGACUAGGGUGCAUAUUCUGCCAUGGAGACCAUAUCUUGGCUGUCAAUGACCUGAAGCCCCAGAACCUGGAGGAGGUUUCCCUGUUUCUUACCCGCUGUAACCAGAAGGAGAAAGUGAAACUCUCCAUUGGCCGGAUCCCACAUUCAGAGAAGUUCCAUGCCCCCUCCUGUGCAUGCCCCUUAAAAUACCAACAGGGUUUGCCGGGGAAGGCACUGAAGAGGAGUCCUGCCAUCAAAAAGACCCCGAAGGAAUCAACUGGAGAGUAA